UACAGUUGCGUGGAACAAAUGAUGAGACAACGACUGGUGUAGAGUUUCCUAGUUCCGAAUAGCACAUGAAAGCGGCAUAAAGUGAGAAUCAGCCCCACAACAGCUGGGGAUCAUUUGCAUGGUGCUGGGAGGGGCCUCCCGGUCCAUUGGUGGAGUGUAAGAGAUAAUUAGUUAGGGGAAUAGGUUUACAGGCACAGGGGGGAAAAAACAGUUCAUGUGCUGCAUAGCACACCCGGUUCUUAGGGCGAGAGAAAAAUUGUUUUGGCUUCAGACACUGUUAGGGUGAAUGUCUUAAGGUGAAAUAUUUGUUAAGAGGGAGGACCGACUACCUUUAAAUGUUCUGCUAACCUGUUCUGAAUAAGGGUUUAUUCUUGGAGAGUGGAGUUAGAGAGAACAGGAACGGGUUCUUGGAAACCUGUUGCUGUGCAGCUGAGAAUUUGGCAAUAAAUCCAACCGACCUCACAACUGCAAACCACGUGUAAGCACACCAGCCCACGACCUCCACAUCCGGCUUCUUCACCUGUGGGAUCAUCUGACCGGCUGACUACACCGCUCGUGUCGCAUGUGUGAGCGUUGUAAAAUACAUUUAGAAAUCUAUAUUAUACCAAUAUUCUGGAGAUUAUUUAAUUUUCAAAUAACUGAAAGUGAAAGGUUGUAAUCUGAAUAAAGGGAACAAGGCCAUUCUUUAACACGGGGUUCGUCAUUCUUACUAAUCUGCUGGAAAACCAUUUAGGACGUAAGUACAACUUAUGUAUGACAGAAUAUUUUAGUAAGAGGUUCAAUGCUUUAAUAUUUAGUAAUUUCAGCCCUCCCUAUUCAUUAUAAAAAUAGGCCCGUUUAAUUUUGUCUGGUUUGCCGUUCCAAAUAAAGUGGAAUAUUUUUUGCUCUAUAAUUGGGAAAAAAAACACAAUUUGCUUGGUCUAGGUAGGGCCAUAAGUAGAUAGGUAAACUGGGAUAUGAUUAAAUAAUGAAUCAGCCUUGAUUCUUGUUUUGACAGUUUGGAGGAAUAUGUCUCACAUUGUAUCUGUGUAGCAAUAAAAGAUGUGAUCCAAAGAACAGAACAGCAAGACUUAGUGAAUGCAACAGCGCAACAGGCGAAACCAGAAGCCAUGACACAACCCAUGCCAACCAGUCUGAGUGAAACAGCAGACAUGAUAACCCCUGUUGUUUGCGACGUGGAUGAUGGAUACUUUGAUGCCAUACUAGGAGCUGUCAUUGCUGCUGUGGUCCUGGUGCUUCUUUGCUUGGCAGUGGUAGUGAUUCGCUACAUGUACCGGCACAAAGGCACCUACCACACCAAUGAGGCCAAGGGCACUGAGUUUGCCGAAACAGCGGAUGCGGCACUUCGAGGCGACCCGGCUCUGCAGGAUGCCAUGGACGAGAGCAAGAAGGAGUACUUCAUCUGAUCUAAGGAGCGGCACCCCCUGCUGUUUACAAUGAACUUGGUCUGCCAAAAUAAGUGUAUUUUAGGGUUGGAGGAUAGAAAAGCUUGGAGAGGGGGUGAAAAUCACCUCGCCAUACUGAGGCUCAGAGUGACUGUUCAGACAAUCUACCAAAGAAACAUCAGAUGCAUCUUACAAUAAUAUCAAUUCAGUAUUCUUCCCCCUAUCUGUUUCUCUCUCCAAUAUAUUUGGCAUAUCACCAAGCAUAUAUACUUUUCAAAACACUGACUUUGCUAUUAGGAGGCUAUAUUUUUGUCAUGCAGAAGUGGGGAACAGUGAGGAAAAACGCUUCUUAUGAGGAUCUAAGGCACCCAUAGACACCUAUGCCAUAUGUGGAAAAAGCAAGAGUAUUCCUAGAACACAGAGUUGUAAGUAAUGGACCCUUCUCAAAAAUGUCUAUGAUGAAACUCAAGGAAGUGAAUGUAUGUAGAAUUUCUCUACAAGCUCACAAAACGAACUCUAUUUUCUAAUGGUAUUGAACCCAAAGCAAAAUCAAUUUUGUAAUGAAGAAACCUCUCAAUAAAUAGUAGGAGGAAAACAUGGAACAAAUUAUGUCGAAGGAAGUGACUUUUACUGUACGAAAUGAAUCACCAAUGGGCCCUUACCAAAAUCCUGAAUAUGUCUGGUUGCUCCUGGAAUUACUUUUCAAGAACUUUUGUUUGGAUUGAGAUUGUCAAUUUGUGAGUGUUCAAGGUAAUGCCUUUAGCAAUGGUUAAUAACUAGUUAAUUACAGAUCCAAAGAGAUGAAGUGAGAGCUGAACAACCUAAAACUGCAGGAAGACCUUGCCGGAUGAGGUUAGUUGUGAAUACCUAAGUGAUGCUCUGUCUUAGACAGGGAGGAUCAGGGUUCAAACAGGUUCCUAAUGACAUUUUCUCACUAGUAGCCGAAAAUCAAUUCCAAGUAUAUUGACAUGCUAUUUGGGUAGCCACAGAAAACCAAACAUAUUGUGGUCUUCCCAUCCUGAUUUGGGCUUAAUGAAUUACACUAACUAAAAGUAUUGUGCGGUUUGUGUCCAUAACAUUUUUAGCAUGAACAUUAUAGACCUGACAUUUUUUGGAUUGAUGCAGAAAUCAAUGAUGACUUUGUGAGCACCAGAGGUUCCUGUAUAAAUGUCUAAUGUAACCAUAUUUGUAGAACAAUUUGUGGGUCUAUUUCUUGGAACACUGUAAUGAUGCUUUUUAAAUUGCCUUGCUAAGGAAAAAUAUUGAAGUACAACUCAUUCAGCUGUAACUGCACUGCCUCAGUAAAACAACAACUGCAAUCAUUGGAUAUUGUUUGUGAUGUUCCGCCAGGAUGAUACUAGACAAAAAUGAGAACACCCAAGGAUUAUUUUUUUUUGUCAAUUAAUUUGAUUGUGGUGGAAAUGGCAACUGAAAAUAAGCCCCCCCCAUGCUCCACAUCUCGUUUCAAUUCCCCAAACCCUUUUUCUCUUCUCUGCUGGCUUUGAUUAAUGUGAACUUUUCUUUGUCUCCAUGAUUGCCAAGUUCUAAAAGAAUAGAAAGGACCGUUUUCUUGAUUCAAAAAAUAAGGUUUGUUAGAAGGGACAAUGCAAGAUGGCUCCUCUGCAAAUUAUGCUUUGAUAACUAGUGCUGAUGCAAACAAGUAUAAGACACAUACGCAGCAAUGUAAUUAUUCACUCUCCUGAGGGCGGACACUUUGUUUUUAGAUCACACCUUAAAUGUAGUGUAAGACAAUUGCUACCAAAAUGUAUUUAAUCUCUGCUGAAGAUAACAAAAUUCUCUCCAGCUUGUAAUUUCCUAACACAAGAUAAAAAUGAGAAGACUUGUAGUAAGAGGAUGCAUGGCUAUGCCAAGGCAUAGCACUUAACAGAAGCUGUUCCAGAACUGAAGAUACCUUGAUCCCGGGAUUGUGCAUCAUUUGUUUGCUUUUGGCCCUCUUUGCAAUAGUGCAUGUCAUUGACUUUCGCUAUCAGUGUAUUUCAUACAUUAAUAGCAGCUUUCAAACUGAGAGCUCUCUGUAACUACAGUUCAUUUUUGUUUUUUCAUUCUUAACUGACAGGAGACCACUGACAUUGAGAAACAGAGAGGAAAGAUCUGAGCUAGCCUCAGCGGCAGUAAGAAAUACAACUUUACUCUCUGUUUCUUUUGCACUGUGGGAUUACCAGAUUCAAGUGGCAGGAGUUUACUCUUUACGUCCCCUUCACCUUGAAUGUUUUCUCUGUUGAAUUAUUCAUGUUCACGCAUUAUUUUGAAGCUCAAAUGUUUUAUUUAUUUCCACGAGGUAAAUCCAACUAAAAGCAAAUAAAAGGCAUUCUAAGUCAA